AUGCCUGACACUGCUGCCUUCGACAGGGGCACAUAUCAGAGCAAUUACAGCAGCCUUCACUCCAUCGACGCGUACAUCGGACGCCAACAAGUCAUGUACACCCCUGGUUCCUCCCCACCCGUCAACCGCAAAAAGAGCGGCUCUCGGUUCAAGGCCAAACAGACGACUGUUUCCCAAUCGUUCAUGAUGCCGUCAAACAUUCCGAACUCAUCGCAGAUUCUUCCUGAGCGUGGCACGUUACGCGAUGUCCAUGUCCACUACAACAUCCCACCCGACGAGAAGCAGAUCGUGGCGUCUCUUCGCGCACUGCAAGACCAACUUGACCGUGCUCUUGUCCAGAUUGCCGACCUCACAAAGGAACGCGAUGAUGCAAUUCAUGAGCUAAGCCGCAUGCGCGAGUCCCACAAGAAAAGAGCAUCGUUUGCUAAACAGUCCGAGGAGGAGGAGGAGCACUCUACGAUCGAGGAGGAGCUGUUCGACCUAAGCCGAGUCGAGGGUUCGCCACGCAUGUCACUUUCACGGCAACACAAAUCUACCGCCAGAUCUGCGAACAAGACCUCGACCGAUAAUGAGGCACGCUUAAUCUCUACCGUGCCGGCAAAGCGUGUUGCAUCAAUGUCUCCAGAAAUCGAGAAACGCGUCGGCAAUCAUGCUUCGACAUCCCGCGAUCACCGGGCGUCCAAAAAGGCCAUGAUCCAGGACACCGAGGAGAGCAUUGUUGACAAUACUGCCGCGUCUAAUAUCUCGCGUCGCCGCCGGCCUUCUCUUGACGACAAUAUGACCUCCGCUUACAUCAUCCCCGACAUCACACUCGCUCUCAAGCAGCAACAGCAACAGCAAGCUCAAGAGAAGAAGCGCCGAGCGUCCCAACCACAACUCUCCGAGAAAGCGCAGUCUGUCCUCCACGAUCACGACCCACAGCACAUCGCCUCAUGCGCGGUCUGCCAGCGUCUCACUGGCUCCAAGAAAUCUACCCGGGCUACCUCUCAACCUGUACCAAAAACCACCACUUCUGCCGGUAAGACCGGUGACUACACAGCCCAAGUGACUGCCCUUAUGAAAGACAUCGCGCUCGACGAGCCUACUGCUCGCCCCAAGAUCCCGCCCGCGCACGCUCUCGCGCACCUUAAGAAGUUGCUCAACGACCAGUACCAUGUGGCGAAGCUGAAGCACGGUGAAGCUUGGGAGAAAUAUGACGAGAUCGAGGCGCCGAAGAGCAGUAAGAAACACAACGCGGUGGCAGAGGAAAUGUCCUACUGGAGUCGCAAAAUGGAGGAGUGCAGAGUCAAUCUCGAUCAAUUGCGAGAUGUAGAGGAGGGGAUGCGGGAGUAA